AUGCAUACCAUCAAAAGUAAAGAGGAGAACUGUAGAUUUGAGACAUGCAACUAUGAGCGAACAAAUGACUUCAUGUGUGCAAGUCUUGCUUCAUAUGUUAGUGCUUGUGCCAAAAGAGGUGUUCUCUUAGUAGGCUGGAGAAAUUCAGUAGAGCGAUGCAGAAUUUCUUGCCCUCACAAUCAGACCUUCAGUUAUGAUUCUAGAGCUUGCAAUCGCACUUGUUUGUCGUUGUCUGAUCCCAAUUUUGAGUGCAGUGCAGGUGAUACUCCAGUGGAUGGCUGCAACUGCCCAACACACACUUACUUGGAUGACACUGGAAAAUGUGUCAGUGCAGCUGAAUGUCCAUGUUACCUGGCUUAUGCUGUCAUUGCACGUGCCAAUGAGAAAAUAAAUCUUUACGGUGGAAUAUGUAUGUACCGGUUCGUGGAUGAGAAGAUUGCUCGUUCUCCUUUUCUUGAGUCUGCAUCUGGCUGUGGCUGA